AUGCGAACCUCCAUGAACCAAGCUCUACAUGACGACCUGCAAGCGCUUGCUAUCUCUGAUGAGGGGCUACUGGCAGAUGCGGUCCUGCGAGGAAGGAAUGGCGAUGUACGUGCCCACUUGGCUUUACUGGAGGUGCGAUGUCCGCAACUCGCCGAGAAGGCAGUGAAGGAGCCAGGCGGAUCCCUUUGGAGCAUCUCCCUGCCGGAUGCAGGCGUAGAGGCAGUCCGGAACCUCCUGCUCUACCUCUACACGGAUUGCCUCCCUCCGUCUUUUGGUGAGAACCCAAGCCCGAUCUUAGAUUUGCUGAUGCUGGCAUCCAGCUUGGUGAGCCGGGAUCCUCGCCAUGCAGUCUCGGCAGAAAGCGGGAACAAGAAGAUCAGGUUAGAAGACAGCCCGUGCGAGAUGAGACGUCUGUGGACUUUGUGCGAGCAGCAUAUGUGCGAUCAGAUGACAGAUCAGACCGUGGUGGAAGUGUUACAGGCGGCCCUCAAACUCGGCUCGAAGAAGCUCGAAAAUGUUGUCUAUCAGUUCCUGAAGAAGCGAGGAAACGACUUGAUCAGGUCUGUGCCUUUCAACCAGUCACUGGUUGCUGCAUUGGGUAGUGAGCAUCCAGAAGCUGUAGCACGUGCAGUUUCUGCAGCCGCUGGUGCCGCAGUUCAAGUUCUGCCAAGCGAUGCUUCGCAGCUCACUGCUGUGCCACCUUCGAAGUUGCUGCAGCAUCUCGGCGUGCUCUUCGAAUCCAGCCGCGACGCGGAUGGCACACCGCUGGACCUCGAUUCGAGGAUUGACUGCCGGGUCUGCUGGGGAGAGCUGGUAGCGUCUCAGUUGGCUUCGCACCGCUGCGUCCUUGCCGCACGGUCUGCCUAUUUUGCAAGAAUGCUGUCGGCUCCCAUGAGGGAAAGCUCCAGCGGCAGGGUACCCAUCACACUUCCGGUGGGCCCAAGUUCUGCUGCCGUAAAGGCUUUCCUUCGGUACUUGUAUAUGGGAUCAUUCCCAGAAGAAGUGGACGGGAAACAGUUGACCACAUGCGAUUGGGUUGACGUGCUGUCCAUCGUGGAUGGGCCAGGUGGCUGCAACUUCCUCCAGCUGAGUGAUAAAGCUCACUCCGAAGUCCGUGAACUGGUACUGGCGAGCCUUGCAACCCCAAAGCAGGGUGAUAGCUCAAUGAUGUUCCUGCGCAGAUCGAUGGCCCAGAAGUGCAUUUGUUUGCAGCCGCUAGCUUUCAACGCAGCUUUGAAGAUGUGUGCGGCCGAGCAUCACAACCUGGGGGCGUUCAAAGCUUGCUUCCAAACGGCAGCGGAAGAGGAGUGGUGGACUCCGGCCAUGGAACAGGAGCUGCUAGUGGAACUUCUUUGGAGACGGUGCACGACACCGACCAAAUACCAGCCAGAGACUCCGACCAAGGAGCAAUUGGCAGCACGCCGGAAGGAAGAAGUCGAGUUCGCCGAAAAGACUUUGAAUAGCCCCAGCAACUUCGGGUACCUGAUCUGCAUGCGCUGGCUUAACUCCUGGACGAAAGGUUUCCUGUUAAGCGCACGUGAGCCUCCUGGUCCGAUAAGCAACCACAACCUGGUGGACGCUUCUGGGAACUAG